UCGCCCUCUAUUCAUCUGAAGCAGUCGGGACCGGCGGUCGCCUUGCUCCCCUUUCUGCCCAACGCCCACUACCCCGGCCCACCCCAACCAACUCCCUCCCCUACGGUCCCGACGGUCCCACCCUAGCGGUGCCCCCAGCUCCAGCCAUGGAUUUCGCCCUCGCUGACCCCAUGUCCUUCGCCAAGGACUUCCUCGCCGGCGGCGUGUCCGCGGCCGUGUCCAAGACCACCGUGGCGCCCAUCGAGCGCGUCAAGCUGCUGCUGCAGGUCCAGCACAUCUCCAAGCAGAUCCCCCCCGAGCAGCGCUACAAGGGCAUGGUCGACUGCUUCGUCCGCAUCCCCAAGGAACAAGGCUUCGCCAGCUACUGGCGCGGUAACCUCGCCAACGUCAUCCGGUACUUCCCCACCCAGGCCCUCAACUUCGCCUUCAAGGACAAGUACAAGCAGAUCUUCCUCGGCGGCGUCGACAAGAACACCCAGUUCGCCCGUUAUUUUAUCGGCAACCUGGCCUCCGGUGGCUUGGCUGGCGCAUCCUCUCUCUGUGUUGUCUACCCCCUCGACUUCGCCCGAACCAGGUUGGCCGCCGACGUCGCCAAGCCCGGCGCCGGUCGCGAGUUCAAUGGCAUGGGUGACUGCAUCAAGAAGAUCAUGAAGGCGGACGGAAUCAAGGGCCUGUACCAGGGCUUCGGCGUGUCCGUCCAGGGCAUCAUCAUCUACCGCGCCGCCUACUUCGGCUUCUUCGACACCGCCAAGGGCAUGCUGCCCGACCCCAAGAAGACCCCGCUCGUCAUCUCCUGGGCCAUCGCACAGGCCGUCACCACCGUGGCCGGCAUCGUCUCCUACCCCUUCGACACCGUGCGGCGGCGCAUGAUGAUGCAGUCCGGCCGCUCCAAGGCCGACAUCCUCUACAAGGGCACCAUGCACUGCUGGGCCACCAUCGCCAAGCAGGAGGGCACCGGCGCCUUCUUCAAGGGCGCCUUCUCCAACGUGCUGCGCGGCACAGGCGGCGCCUUCGUGCUCGUCCUCUACGACGAGCUCAAGGCCAUGCUGGGCUAGACGCAUCGUCCGACCCACCCUGGCCCCGGCCCCCACCGUCCUGUGAUAACCAAAAGACCACCGCCGAGGAUUUCCGCGCUGUUCGACCGCGCCACCGCCAAGCCUACCCAGACCGCGACCUCCUCCACCCACCCCGUCCCCAAGGUCCCCAAGGUCCGCAAGGUCCCCAUGCAGGAGGAAGGACGAGUAGUCGCGAACAUCGCGAGCCAGCCAACCCGCCACUUCUUCCUCCUCCUCCCUGGCUGGCGUAGGUUUGCACGUGCAGCACAUAGUGGCAUGCCAGUGGCAGUGGCUGCUCCCCUCGAGGCCGCUGACAUGGCGGCCGCGGCCUGGUGCCGCUCGCAGUCUCGCACUCGCGGGCCGGACCAGACCAGGACGCCGUCGAAGCAUGCGAAGCAAUGCGAAGCAUGGGCCGCGAUCAACGACGCCCCGCCCGGAGGCAACCAAGACUCGCAUCUCUGUUUCCACGCAGUCGGGUCCGAUCGAAACCAUGAACUCAAUCACUAAACUGUGUGCGUGUAUGUAUGAACAACGAUCAAAGAAUCUGAAUAUUGUGGAAAUUCUUAUGAUCAAAAUAUAACAAAACUCCAAUAUGAAAA